AAAAAAAAAAAGACACCCAAAGCCGGGCCAACAAAGCGCGGGAAAAAUUAACUUUAGUGCAGAGCAGGUGAGAACUGAGAAGUCAUAGAAAAGCCUGAUUUUUGAGGCUUGGAGAGAAUUAGGGUUAGGGUUUGAAUUGAAAAGGGGAAAAAUGGAGGAAGAUAAGGGAACAACAGGAAAAAUAAACCUACGCCAGAAAGACAAAGAAGAGGAAGUAAAUAUAAGUGGUCAAGUCCAUCACCUGCCAUGCUGCAUCAAAUUCAAUGGUCCUUGCUCUGUUUCCCAAUACUUCAGACCCAAAGCCAAAGGGAUGGGAAUUGAUGGGUUAGCAGUAGAGGAAGCACAUUUUAGAGGAAGGAAGCUUCAAGGAACUACUAUUUCUAUUCCAAAUGGAUAUUCUGGCUUUGUUCUGGGAAAGAACAACUCUGGCAAAAGAAAAGCUUGUAAUGUAUCUGAAGGGAGCUUGAACAGCUGGCAAAUGAAAGCAAAAUUUGAUAAAUUAACAUAUUGGAAUCAUGAUAGUCCUCCUUCAAAGGAUGAUGCCUUCUUGCGUUCUUUUCAUUGGUUUGCUGUUGCAGAAGCUCUGCACAAACCAGUAAAAGCUGAAGAUUUGACUGCUGCUUCUAUUGCUUUGGAAGAGAAAUGACUGAGCAAUAGCGACAUGUGUGAAGCAUCUUCUGAUCUUUAGCACCGUUUUUCUUUCUUGUACCGGUUGUUGAGAAAAAAUUGAUAGGCUGAUAGAGAAAAAUGGAGAACAUCCCAUAAUCUUCAUCUAUGGUAUUGCUGUACUGGUCAUUCGCAAAGUAGUUUGUCUAGUCAAAAUUAAUUAUCACUUUGCAGAAGGGCACAAACUAGGGAAAAAAUUUGGUUAAAGUGUGUAUAGGUUGUUCUGUUCAGGUUGGACAAAAGCAUAGAUGGGUUGCCAAUUAAUGUAGACGUUUCACAACAUCGGAUGUAGCUGCGUAACUUGAACCCGAAUGGGCCCUGUAAACCUGAUACUGUCAACUCUUACUGUAUCUAACUAUUUUUUCUUUUCC